AUGUCGUCAAAUAAUCAGCGGGACUCUGUAGCCUCCGAUCCGGCUAAAAAUAUUCGUGUUCUUUCAUCCCAGCUGGAACUCAGCCCCACCAGUCCCCUUGUCAAUGGCCUGAGACAAUCAACGCUUGUAUUCAAAAAACAUCACACUAAAAAAGGGAAGCAGUUUUUCCCCGCAAACAAUGAAAACGUUGCACCUGAGGCCGAUGGAGCCGAUACUGUGAGUGUCCAAGACACCUCAGCAUCUAGUGCGCGAAAUCAAAGAGGCAGAGUUGGACGCAGUCAGAAGCAAACCCUCCUGGCAGAAAAGCCUCAGGCGAUCCCAGCGCCACAAAAACCGACCAAGCCUACGAGGAGUCACCGGACGACCGUUCGUCGAAGUGUAAGUACAUCGGAUCUCGUCUCAGCGACGUCGAAAUCCACAAAGGACCCUAAGCAGGCUUGUUCAGUCAGUCCAAAGAAGUCGCUGCGUGCCGCCUCGCCCACGUCCCGAGUCAAAGCACCGUCCGGCCGCCUUCAGCAGACCCAGCUGACAGGAUUCGGCGUCCGGAGGACGGCUCGACAGUUCGCCAAGGACACUAAGAAACAACAGGAGGCUGAUGUCAUUUCAGCUAUUCGGAACAGUGAAGAGUCUGGUAUGAAGGUUGUAGUAACAGAGGAAAAAGGUCGCGGGGUGAUUACUACCCGGACCUUCUUUCCAGGAGACUUCGUAGUAGAAUACAUUGGAGAGCUAAUUUCGGACAGCGAAGCUCGAAUUCGCGAGGCCGAGUACAAAAAGGACCCCAAAGUCGGAUCUUUCAUGUUCUUCUUCUCUCACGGUGGUCAGCGUUACUGCGUAGAUGCAACUGAGGAGACUGACAAACUAGGCAGGCUAAUCAACCACAGUCGACUGCAUCCCAACUGCGUCGUCAAAGUUAUCCCUGUCGAUGGAGUUCCUCGAUUAGCCCUUUUCGCCAAAACGGAAAUUUCACCAGGCGAGGAACUUCUGUAUGACUACGGUGAUCGCGAUAGGGCGAGUCUUCUUGCCCAUCCUUGGCUCAAGACCUAG